GGACACAUUGUGUCUAAUUGAUUUUAAAUUGCAAGCGCACAAAUCAUCAAUUAUUUUAUAAAAACGGGUUUGUGUUUUGUUUCACUAGAGGUGGGAAAAAAAUUACUAAAAGUUAUUGUUAUUUUCCCUCCAAGCGAGUCUCAUUUGUGACGGUGAUUGACGAAACCACGUUUCACUCUUCUGCAGCAGUCACCAAUGGAGGAAUCUACCUUCGACUCUGAUCUAAUCCAUUCCAUCAUGAAGCGUAUUUGGACAUUGCGAACCCUUGAGCGUGAAAAUGUUGCAACCAGCGAUGCUUUGGACUCCGAGGCAGGAGCCGGAUCGUCCAAGAAGAAUCGGACAACUUCUGCUAAUGCUAGUGCUCUGAAGCUUACAUGUGAACUUCUCCGGGUCUUUAUCACAGAGGCUAUUCAGCGUGCUGUAGCUAUUGCAGAGACUGAGGGUGAUGGUCAAAUAGAAGCUACUCAUUUAGAGAGUAUUCUUCCUCAACUACUUUUAGAUUUCUAAAGCAUCGAAGAGUUGAACAAAGGAUAAUGAAGAGUAACAAUGUAAGCACCGGUAGUGGUCUUACAACUUGCCUAGGCAAUGCUUUACAAGACGCGUUUUCAUAUUCGCUUGUUAAUCUUUGUGUUAAACGACAUGUUGGAUGUAUUCAGAUGAUCAAAUACAAAAGUAAUUUUGCACACCUAUUCUAAAGUACAAGUUACUUAUAGAAGUUUAAA